AUGUCAUAUUCUAACAUAAAUAAUUCUACCUUGUCGCGCUCUUUUGAGUCUACUAAUGACAACCUUCGCUCAAGAUCAAACUCUCCGGCGCAUACUAUUGGAAGCAAGACUGGUAGCGCGUUUAUUCAAGAUAGUCAUAGCAUUAGUAGUACAAAGAGCGUCAAAUCAUACCCUAGGAAAGGAACAACACUUGCGAAUGCUAAUCUUACUGUUGAAGAACAAAAUCAUUUGGAAGAAGUGCUUUCACGCUUCGAUAAAUUUCGGCAAAUUGAAGACAAACGUGUGAGACAGUUACGCCAAGAAAUGAUUGAUAAACAAAAAGCUCGUAUAAAAAAUUCAGAAUCUAUCGGUGAAGGUCGAUGUAACAAUUGUAAUACUCUAUUUGUACCACUUUUACAACCGGCUAUUCGAUGUGUCAAUUGUCAUGGGGAUUUCUGUCGUAUAUGCACAGAAAAACUACCUAAUACAAAUGUUGUGAUGUGUAAAUUUUGUCGAUUCGAAACUCUGCACAAAUGUAAACUUGGAGUAUGGUUCACGGAACAACUGAAACAAGCUCGAGCAUCUGGUCGUGUACGAGGUGUUAGUGGUCCAGAAGCUCUACGUUCAUCUAUCCAACGAAUUCAACGUGAAGCGAGAUCUAACACACCUCGUAGUCGAGGAGCAAAUGCGCAAGAAUUGACUACCACAACAGAGGAAAAACGUCAGUCUAGUUCGAAACCAGACAAACAAUCGAAAUCUCUUCAUAAUUCCCAGUCACUGGUUGAUAGUGGUUAUGUUCCACAAAGAACUCAUUCAUGGAUUGACGAUGAAACUGAUCCAACGGUUGAUAGACAUCACUCAUCUACUCCACAGUUGAAUCAAAUAAAUAUGUCUAAAGAAGCUAAGCUUCAUAAGCAGAAUCCUGGAUUCAGUUCAUCAGAAUGUUACAGUCCAUCUUUAGGUAGUGACACUGCAUCAUUAAUGGAGAAAAAACUCAAUUCCUCAUAUACAGAUUUGACACCUGGUAAAAUACCUAUAACACACCAAACAAAUUUGGAUUCUGAAGCUGAAAGCCGCACGAAUCUAAGUGUAGCCAGUGGGGCCAGCCAUGCAUCCACCCUAAGUAUAUACAGCGAACGCGAAUCAAGUUACGCGCAUGGCAUUCAGAUAUCUGGAGAAAUGCUUAUGGCUGUGAUUUACGAUGAUGCAUAUAAUACACUAAGAAUCAGUAUCAAACAAGCACGUAACCUAGCGAUAGCAGAUAGAAAACGCAACAUAACCAAUCCCUAUGUGAAAUGCUAUUUACUACCAGAUCGAACUAAGAGUAGCAAGCGAAAAACAUCGUACAAAAAAGCAACAUGUAAUCCAGUUUAUGAUGAAGAAUUUAAAUAUCAUAUACUAAAACAGGAUCUAACAUUGCGUACACUCCAAGUAUCUGUUUGGCAUCAUAAUGCAUUGGGUUUGAAUUUAUUUCUGGGUGAGAUUUUUUUACCGCUGACUUUCCAUCAGUUUGACCAAGCCUCCCAUUGGUAUACACUUGGUGAACACCGCUUCCUUCCAACGGUAUCACACUUACAAGUCAGUCGAGGGGAAAUAAUUUUAGCCAUAAAACUCGUACCAGGUGAAACAGGUAGUAAUCGGGGUGAAAUUCAUGUAUGGAUCAAAUCUGCCAGAGGUCUCAGUGCGUCUACUGACGGGAUGGCUCUAAAGAAGGAUAAUGUUGAUCCCUAUGUAAAAAUAUAUAUGUUGCCCGGUAAAGAAAAGCAUUCGAAACAGAAGACAAAGGUUGUCAGAAAGAAUAAUAAUCCAGAAUGGAACCAAGCUAUUAUAUACAGAGACAUUAUCCUUAAUUCUUUAAAUGAAAUUGGAAUAGAAAUUUCUGUUUGGGAUUACGAUCGGUUCUCAUCAAAUGAUUUUCUUGGAGGAUGUAGAAUCAACUGUGGAUCACAUAAUCAAUCAUGGUUGGAUGCAAUGAAUGCUGAAAAAUCAGCCUGGUUGGCUAUGUGCGAAAGACCAAAUAUUUGGAUUGAAGCAACAAUACAAUUACGAUCAAGCUUAAACUGA